AAACUGCUGGCCAGGAAGCCGCCUUAGCCUCCCUUCUCUUUGCAGGACAGGAGAAAACAGGCAGCAAAACAUGCAGAGAUUUUUGUUCGUCCUUUUUGCUUUAAACUGGAGCUGCUUGAUUGUGUCUGGACAAGACAGAGAUGGCGAGAUCAUUAAGCAAAUAAAAGGGACCAAUCAGGUGCUGGCUGAGAUCAAGGAGCUACUGAAACAGCAGAUCAAAGAGAUUAUUUUCCUGAAGAACACGGUGAUGGAGUGUGAAUCUUGCGGCAUGCGAAACGACAGACCUCCGCAGCCAUCCUGCGUGCCCAGCCCCUGCCACCCCGGAGUGCCCUGCAUGGAGACGGGCGGGGGCGUUAAGUGUGGGCCCUGUCCCGAGGGCAUGGUGGGAAACGGGACCCACUGCACCGAUGUGGACGAGUGCAUUAUGAAGCCCUGCCAUAAGGGGGCGCUCUGCACCAACACGGCCCCUGGGUUCCACUGUGGCCCCUGUCCUGCUGGCUACACGGGGCCCCAGGUGCAGGGGGCGGGACUUUCCUAUGCCACCGCUAACAAACAGGUCUGCAAAGAUAUCAACGAAUGUGAGGGAGACACAAACGGCGGCUGUGUGGCUAAUUCCAUCUGCACCAACACGCCGGGCUCUUUUCGCUGCGGCCCCUGCAAGCUGGGCUACGUUGGGGACCAGCAGCGUGGCUGCAAACUGGAGAAGUCCUGCGGAGAGUCCAAUCCCUGCCAUCGCAACGCGGACUGCAUCGUCCACCGCGACGGGACCAUCCAGUGCGUGUGUGGCGUGGGAUGGGCUGGCGAUGGCUACGUCUGCGGCCCUGACAUAGACAUCGACGGCGUCCCCGACCAGCAGCUGGACUGUCCCCAGAAGAGCUGUGUGAAGGAUAAUUGCCUGACAGUGCCUAACUCAGGUCAAGAAGAUGCAGACCGUGACGGCAUUGGGGACGCCUGUGACGAAGACGCUGAUGGGGAUGGGAUCUUCAACGUAGAGGACAACUGUGUGUUAGUGGCUAAUGUGAACCAAAGGAAUGUGGACCAAGAUGAUUUCGGUGACGCCUGCGACAAUUGCCGCCUGAUGACUAACAACGAUCAGAAGGACACUGAUGGCGAUGGCAAUGGUGACGCCUGUGACGAUGACAUCGACGGCGAUGGGAUCCCCAACAAUAUCGACAACUGCAAAGUGGUGCCUAACACUGACCAGAAGGACAGAGAUGGAGACAAAGUCGGAGAUGCUUGCGACAGCUGUCCGUAUGUUCGCAACCCAGACCAGAUGGACAUAGACAAUGAUUUGAUCGGAGAUCCAUGUGACACUAACAAGGACAGUGAUGGAGACGGCCACCAGGACUCACGGGACAACUGUCCAGCUGUCAUAAACAGCUCACAGCUAGACACAGACAGAGACGGUCUUGGAGACGAGUGUGACGACGACGAUGACAAUGACGGCAUCCCAGAUCUACUGCCCCCAGGACCAGACAACUGCCGGCUUGUCCCUAACCCCCUUCAGGAGGACUCUGAUGGUGACGGUAUUGGCAACCUUUGUGAGAACGACUUUGACAACGACACAUUCGUUGACACCAUCGAUGUCUGCCCGGAGAAUGCAGAGGUCACCCUGACCGACUUCCGUGCCUUCCAGACCGUGGUCUUAGACCCUGAAGGGGAUGCGCAGAUAGACCCUAACUGGGUGGUGUUAAACCAGGGAAGAGAGAUCGUUCAGACGAUGAACAGCGACCCUGGACUGGCUGUUGGUUACACAGCUUUCAAUGGUGUGGACUUUGAAGGGACGUUUCACGUGAACACAAUGACAGACGACGACUACGCCGGCUUCAUCUUCGGCUACCAGGACAGCUCCAGCUUCUACGUGGUCAUGUGGAAGCAGGUGGAGCAGAUUUACUGGCAGGCCAACCCCUUCCGAGCCGUGGCGGAGCCGGGCAUCCAGCUGAAGGCAGUGAAGUCCGGCACAGGGCCGGGAGAGCACCUGCGGAACUCACUGUGGCACACGGGCGACACCGGCGGCCAGGUCCGGCUCCUGUGGAAAGACUCCCGCAACGUCGGUUGGAAGGAUAAGACGUCGUACCGCUGGUUUCUGCAGCACAGGCCUCACGAUGGCUACAUCAGAGUGCGCUUCUACGAGGGCCCUAAGAUGGUAGCAGACUCAGGCAUCAUCAUUGACACCACCAUGAGAGGCGGCAGGCUGGGAGUCUUCUGCUUCUCGCAGGAGAACAUCAUCUGGGCUGACCUACGCUACCGCUGCAAUGACACCACUCCAGAAGACUUUGAAACAUACAGGAUUCAGCAGAUACAGCUAAGUCCACAGUGAGCAGGAUGUCCAGUCCAGCCGGGACCAGCAGCCGCCUGGACACUCGCCCUGGGCUCCCAGCAAAGUUACACUUCUGGAGUCUGGAUGAGAGUUUAAAGGGGCAGCCUAAGGCAGUUUACAUGAGGGGCAAACUAGCGGAUGUAUGUCCAUGUUUAACUAUAUACAUAUUAUGUGAUUAUUGUACAUGACGGGGUAAUGAUGUGAAGGGGAACAUAUGCAAUACUUAAGUUUACUCUGUAAAUUAGCUCAAUGAAGUCUCAAUGAAAAGCUUAAUGUAAAGCAGAUCAUCCAUGUGAAAGAAGCAGGAGCAGCUGGAGUGAAGCGAGUGUGACUGGGAAAGCAGCCUGUACCAGGUACGAAUAAAAAGUGAAUUAACAACA